AUGUUUGAGUUGUAUGGGGUGAGCAGAGAUGGUAUGGUUUUUCACUCUCCACCUCCUAGACGAAAAGACGUUGACAUACUCGAAACAUGUCUCCAGUUAUCUUCACCAGAGUUAAUGAGGAAAUUGCCAAACGGUGAUACUUUGCAUCACCUCAAAAAUAAUUCACGAGUCUCUACUUUAGUUGCUGAGAAAGACAAAGAACCAACGCGAGAACGAGGACAUAGCACAGGAAGACGUUGGCUCGUAAUGUGUGGAGUAUUUUUUCUAGGAUGUGCAUUGGUAGCCGGAGUAGGUUUACCUUUAGCUCUGGAGCUACGUAGUUCCCAUUUACUCGAAGCAAGACUUCAAGUAGUGAAAAGAAUAUUGAGCGAAACUCCUUUGAUAGAUGGUCGCAAUGAUUUUGCUUGGAAUCUUCGGAAGCAUCACGGUACCCGUCUCCGAAAUUUUCCAUUUGAUAAAGACUUAUCUUUGAAUUCCAGUUUUAAUAAUUACUGGCAGACUGAUUUAGUGAGACUGUAUCGAGGUAAUAUGGGAGCACAAUUUUGGUCGGCCUACGUUCCUUGUGAGUCUCAAUUUUUGGACGCCGUUCAAUUAACUCUUGAACAAAUAGAUAUUGUAAGAAGAUUGACGAACAAGUAUCCAACGAGGAUGAGACUUGUUACUUCAAGUAAAGAAUUGGAGCAAGCACACAAAGAUGGUGUGCUUGCCAGUCUUGUUGGUAUUGAAGGUGGUCACAGUAUUGGAGCUUCAAUGGCUGUGUUACGAAGCUUUCAUUUACUUGGCGCACGAUAUAUGACAUUGACACAUAAAUGUAAUACACCGGCCGACUCUUCGUCAGUUGAGGAUCCAAAUGAAGACGCACCGCUUGAUUUUCACAGUGACGGUCUGUCAAGCUUUGGCAAAUCAGUUGUGAAAGAAUUAAAUCGAUUGGGAAUGCUCGUAGAUCUUUCUCAUGUUUCUAUUCGCACGAUGAAAGAGACGCUCUCGAUAACCAAAGCUCCGGUAAUAUUUUCUCACAGUGCUGCUCGAGCACUUUGCAAUUCUUCCAGCAAUGUUCCUGAUGACGUACUUAGAAACUUGUCAUUGAACGGAGGUCUGGUGAUGAUAAGCUUCGACAGUGCUCAUCUCAGUUGCAAAAAUGAAACCUCUAUGCACGAUGUAAUAGCGCACAUAAAUCAUAUUCGAAGAACCGCAGGGGUUAAUCAUGUAGGUCUUGGUGCUGGAUACGACGGUAUAAUGAGUCCACCAGCAGAACUUCCUGAUGUCUCUGGUUAUCCUUUAUUAUUGGCUGAAUUAACGCGGGAUCGUCAGUGGUCUGCAUCAGACAUAAAGAAACUCGUGGGUGGAAAUUUGAUUAGAAUAAUGAAAGAAGCUGAAAACCAUGCCGUUUCUUUGUCCAAUCAGUCGCCAAACGAAGACUUCCAAAAUGAUUUUGGCAUCACUCCAAUU